AUGUUUCCAGGAAAACUCACUUCUCGUCACCCGAUGCAUCAGGACCUGCACUAUUUCCCCUUUCGACCAGCAGACUUUAUCUGUUGUGCAUGGACGGCCAUGGAAAGGGUGAACCGUGCAAAUGGAUGUUUGGUUGUGGUACCGGGAACGCACAAAGGAACGCUGCUUCCUCACAGCUAUCCGAAAUGGGAGGGAGGCGUUAACAAAGCCUAUCACGGUAUCCAAGAUUACGACCCGACAAUGCCACGAUUACAUGUUGAGAUGGAAGCUGGUGACACCGUAUUCUUCCACCCAAUUCUCAUCCACGGCUCUGGAGCGAACAGAACCGAAGGUUUCCGCAAAGCAAUUUCUUGCCAUUACGCCAACGAUGACCUGUGCAGAUAUAUUGACGUUAAAAACUCCACUCAAGAGGAAGUUUCCAACGAAAUUAUCGAAAUCGCGAAGAAACGUCUAUAUAAGCACGGUGGAGACGCAGACGACAUUCAGCUUGAUAUUUCU